GGAUGCGUGUGUGUGCGAGGCGCACAUCAUACACACAUCAGAUACCGCAGAUCCAUCAGCAGGCAGCCGGCAGGCAGGCAGGCAGCCAGAGAAAGCCCCCCAGAGCCGGGCUGCAGGCAAGACCGCUGCUCCUCAGAAGGUAGCGGAGGAGCGUUCGGCCCCGCUGAGCGCCGAUGCUUUGCAGAGCACAGCUCCAGGGAGCCCGUCGCUGCUAAGGAGGUAACCAGCAGCAGACCCGCGCACCCAGGCGCUCUUUCUCCUGCCAUCCACCCUCCCAUCCCCAAAACGGAGGAACCUGCUGACCCUACCAUGUCAUCAGACCCCAGCGCCCCGCCGGCGGUGCCGCCUCUGCACUCCCCCAAGUCGCCGGUGUGGCCCACCUUCCCCUUCCAGCGGGAAGGCAGCCGCAUCUGGGAGCGGGGCAACCUCCUGCUGCGGGACCUGCCCAGCCCCCUCCCCACCAAGAGGACCAGGACCUACUCGGCGACAGCGCGUGCUUCUGCCGGCCCCAUCUUCAAGGGUGUCUGCAAGCAGUUCUCGCGCUCCCAGGGUCAUGGGUUCAUCACCCCCGAGAACGGCACAGAGGACAUUUUUGUCCACGUGUCUGAGUAA